GUUGCGUUGGCUGGGCUACAAGGAGAGAUAAGAGAGUUAAGUGAAAUCAUAACCAUAAUCAUUGAGGGCUUCAUAGCGAAUGUGUGUUUUCGUGUAGUUUGGAGUUUCCUACACGAUUUGAUUGCAUUUGAGGACAUAAAAAGAAAGAAAAAAAGGCAUCAGAGCCGCGGCUUGUAACGCCAGUUGACCGAUGGGAGCUAACGUUAGCGUUAGCCUGCAGCUAGCCACCGAGUAUCAACAGGAAGCCGCCGCCUGAAGCCCAUGUCCUGCACUUUGAAUUCUCCAGGUAUGACUUCCUUGGAGAAAGUGCUGGCAGACGCCAAGUCGCUGGUGGAAAGGCUCCGUAACCAUGACAACGCCGCUGAGAUGCUGAUCGAGCAGACAACGUCCCUCAACAAGCGGGUGGAGGCCAUGAAGCAGUAUCAGGAGGAGAUCGACGCUCUGAACCAGGUCGCGCGCCAUCGGCCUCGGUCCAGUCUGGUUCUGGGAAUCCAGCAGGAGAACCGCCAGAUCCGCGAGCUGCAGCAGGAAAACAAAGAGCUGAGGACGUCGCUGGAGGAGCACCAGUCGGCCCUGGAGCUCAUCAUGACCAAAUACCGGGAGCAGGUGUUCAGGCUGCUGAUGGCCAGCAAGAGGGACGACCCGGCCAUCGUGACCCAGCUGAAGGAGCAGCACACCACGGAGAUGCAGGCGCACAUAGACAAGAUCAAUGAAAUGGCCACGGUGAUGAAGAAAGCUAUAGAGGUGGACGAGGGGAGGCUGUGUGAGGACGAGGAGAGGAUCAAGCAGCUGGAGCUGGAGAACAGCGGGCUCAGGGAGCUGCUGGGAAUCAGCCGCGAGGCGUUUCUGCUGCUGAAGAGAGAAGACGCAUCAGAUAACACGUCGCUGUCGGCGCUGCUGACCAGCACCGACGUCAGCUUACGAAAGAGUUAAAGCUGCAGUGACACACCUGUACAGCCCAUCCCGACACACCGCCUGCCUUCUGCUCCACAGACUGCAAACACACACUCACACACAUACACACACCUCCCCUCCGCCCCAUGUUGCAUUUUAGCAUGGCGCUACAGACAGAGCUGCACCCCGCCAGCAGACACAGCAGCCACACUAAACAUCCCAUCUUAUUUUUAAUAUAUAUAUUUUUUUUGGUACUUUCAUUAUGUUUGCUAAUUUUCCCAGCAUGCAUGAGCCCGUGGUGCCUGCGAGGGUUUUAAAGUGUGAAUGAGCAAAAGAAGCGUCUGAAUUCUAAUAAAACUGUAAACCUGUUGUCAUGGUC